AUGAGGAUUCUUCGCUUGCUGGUCGCCCUCGUGAUACUCUCCGAGGGCGCCAAAGUGAAAGGUGCCAGCAGAUUGCGGCGAGUGAAAGCUAAAGUUGGACAUCAUCAUGAGGCCUUGUUGUUUAACAAGCAUCUGAAGUCUCACAAGACUCAAGACAUGGGCGCCAUGUCAACAGAGAUUGUCCACAAGACCGCCUACUGGGGCUCCAUCCGAGUUGGAACUCCACCUCAAGAGUUCAAGGUGAUCUUCGACACGGGCAGUGGGAAUCUGAUCCUUCCCACGACGGCCUGCAAGUCGGAAGGGUGUGCCAGGCACAAAAAGUACAACCCGCACGAAUCUGCUACCUCAUCUGAGGUGUCCAACGAGAACGGAGAGGGUUCCACAGAGAUCACCUUUGGCACAGGAUCGAUCACAGGUGAUUUCUAUGAGGACAAGUUCUGCAUCGCUGAUUCGCUGUGCUCCAAGGUUCGAUUCAUUGGAUCCGUCGAGCAGAGCGCGGUGCCUUUCUCUGCCACCCCCUUCGACGGCAUUCUCGGUCUGGGCUUCAAGGACUUGUCCAUGGGGCACGACUUCAACAUCCUCGACGACAUGUACCAGACCGGAUCGCUGCCGGCGGGGCUGUUUUCCGUCUUCCUCACCGAGGAUGGAUCCAGUGAGAUUACCUUUGGAGGCUACAGGCCUGAGCUUCUUGCUUCGGAAGUGGUUUGGGCGCCGGUGACUCGGGAAUCCUACUGGCAGGUAGCUGUUUCGGACAUUACGUUCAACAAUGUCGAGACGGGCCUGUGUGGCACCGGAUGCCAGGUGGCGGUGGACACUGGGACCUCCAUGUUGGCGGGGCCUUCAGCCUUGGUCAACAGCUUGCAGGCCAAAGUGGCGCCGGAGGCGGACUGCUCCAACUAUGAUCGUUUGCCAAACAUCGGCUUCAAGAUUGGAAACAAGAUCUUGAACCUGAAGCCCGAAGAUUACAUGGACCGAGAUGAGAGCGGAUGCUCCUUCUCGCUGAUGCCCUUGGAUGUCCCACCACCACGGGGGCCUCUCUUCAUUUUCGGCGAUCCGUUCUUAAGACGCUUCGUCACGAUCUAUGACAAGUCAGGCCCAUCUGUUGGCUUCGCUGUCUCCAAGCAGAAUGCUCUGGACGAGUUUGAGGCAGCGAAGAUCAUCGUGACCUCUGGCGGAGCUGAGGAGUUCCAGCGGAGAAAGCCUCUGGAGACCCACGUGGGGCUGUCUCCGAUGUCCGUGGGGCUGUCCGCUGGGUACAUGACCGAAGAGGAAGGAGCUGCGGAAGAGCCACGAAGCGGCAAAGAGCCCUUCGGGCCCAAGGCUGAGACAAGCAAGUCCUUCUCUGACUCCGACUGGUUGAAGAAGAUCAAGUCGGAGCCUGCGAGAACACAUACGUUUGCUGAGUCUCCGUCUUCUCUUUCGGGUGACGCAGUGAAGGCCGAUGUGGGUGAAGAGAAAAACACACCGAAGGAACGAAGCGAAACGAGCGUCAACGAGUGGGCCCAGAAAAUGAAAGCCCUCCUGGAUGGUGACUUUGUCCAGAGGUCGAGCAGCGCUGGUUCCAGUUCCAAAGGCACGCAGCUUGUUUCCAUCAAGUUGCACAAGGUGUAA